AUGGGACUGCAAUGGUGUUUGAGCAGUACCCUUAAGCUCUCCCCACUUUCCAUUCUCAGACCCAUCUCCCAAUCCACCAAAAUCCCACUCCGGCGCUCACUUCUCGUCAGAGCCCUUUCCGCCGCCGCAGCAGCCACCGGACCAACCACAAUUGCCUCCGCCAUCACCCCAGAUGAUUACAGAGUUGCAAAGGCGCCUCAAUGGAAAGCGGCAAUAGAUUUUAAGUGGAUAAGGGAGAACAAGGAGGCCGUUGCGGCCAACGUCAAGAACCGUAACUUCAAUGCGAAUAUUGGCCUUGUUGUUGAGCUUUAUGAUAAAUUAAUGAAUGUUCAAAAGGAAGUUGAAGGGCUUCGAGCGGAGAGAAAUGUCAUUGCGAACAGGAUGAAGGGAAAACUGGAACCCUCUGAGCGUCAAAAACUCGUAGAAGAAGGUAAAAUUCUCAAGGAAAGGCUUGUUACCCUGGAAGGAGAUCUUUUCAAACUCACUGAUGAGCUUCAGCAGGAAGCACAAUGUGUGCCAAAUAUGACACAUCCAGAUGUUCCAGUAGGAGGAGAAGACUGUUCUACUAUAAGAAAAAUGGUUGGCAAACCUCGUGAAUUUAGCUUCUCUGUGAAGGAUCAUGUGCAGCUUGGAAAAGAUUUAAACAUAUUUGAUUUUGAUGCUGCUGCUGAGGUGAGUGGGUCAAAAUUCUACUACCUGAAGAAUGAAGCUGUUAUGUUAGAGUUGGGCCUCGUAAACUGGGCUGUAUCAGAAGUUAUGAAAAGAGGUUUUACACCUCUUAUAACCCCAGAAAUCGUCCGUUCUUCUGUGGUGGAGAAAUGUGGUUUCCAACCCCGUGGAACAAAUACACAGGUUUACUCCAUUGAGGGUAGUGAUCAAUGCCUCAUAGGCACUGCUGAGAUUCCAGUGGGAGGGAUCCAUAUGGAUUCCAUUAUUCCCGAGUCAUCAUUACCUUUAAAGUACGUGGCUUUCUCCCAUUGCUUUCGUACAGAAGCUGGUGCUGCAGGUGCUGCAACUAGGGGCCUUUAUCGAGUUCACCAAUUUAGCAAGGUAGAGAUGUUCAUAUUAUGCCAACCGGAGGAAAGUAAUUCCUUCCAUGAAGAACUUAUUGAAAUUGAAGAAGACCUCUUCUCAUCGUUGGGACUUCAUUUUAAAACUCUGGACAUGGCAACAGAGGAUUUGGGUGCACCAGCGUAUCGUAAAUUUGACGUGGAGGCUUGGAUGCCUGGAUUGGAACGUUACGGUGAGAUAUCAAGUGCCUCUAAUUGUACAGACUACCAAAGCCGGCGGUUAGGCAUUCGAUAUCGUCCAGAAUCAUCGGUUCCUCCUAAAAAGGGUAAAGGCAGUUCUGCAUCAACACAGUUCGUCCACACGCUAAAUGCGACGGCAUGUGCAGUUCCCAGAAUGAUCAUAUGCUUGCUUGAGAAUUACCAGCAACAGGAUGGUUCUGUUGUUAUACCCGAGCCGUUAAGGCCUUUCAUGGGUGGACUUGAGAUUAUUUCCCCAAAAUCUAAAUAG